ACCACAUGACAGCUAUAAGAGAUAAUGAACCGAUUUGAACCAAAUUUGCAAUGGCAUUAUAGAAAUGGAGCAACUUUACCAAGCCUAAUAUGAUUGGUAACAUAGCUAAGUCGAACACAAACUAAUUAUAUAUAAUAAAAUCAAGGCCUGUGACUACAAAAAAAAAGUGUGUCUUAAAGACACAAUAUCACGCAACGACCUCAAGCUACUUAAAGGCAACAGUUCAUUUCUUGGUAAAAAAGAUGGAAAUGGAGCCGACGGGCGGUUUACCGCCAGAUAGACAUCGGCAGUUGGUUCUGUGCAAUCGAGCCACAGAAAUAGACGUUAUAACUCCCCCGACUUUGACAGAGCAAUCACAGGCUCAAAAGCUACAGCAGCAAUAUGUCAAGCCAACUACAUUGAGCUUGCAGCCACUCAUUGCAUUACAGGCAUCAGCCCAAGUGUUUCCCCCUAUACAAACCAGCAACAAUUUGAAGACAUUAGAAAAAGUCAGCAGCGCCUGUAAGAGUAACGCUGCAUGUGGAAGUAGUACCGCUUUGGCCUCCACCGCCACUGCUAUAUCUGCAACUACCCAGGCAGCAACUGCUUUCAGCGCCAGCUCGGUGGGUCUUCACCAUCAACAUCAUCACCACCAGCAAGUAGCAGCUGUUUCAGCGGCAAAAGCUCAAUGUCCAGUUGGUUCUAUAUGUGGCUCGAGCUCAUACAGUAGUAGUACACCAUUUUGCGCCACUACACUGACACAGGCACAAACAAUUGAAAAGUUGUCACGUCCGAUGGCUUUCGAUAAGAUGGAAGUGCUCGUGCGUGAGAUGCAGGAUCAGGAGAAUGGAGUACCAGUACGACAGCAAAAGAUAUUUCUCACAUCUAUACCAUAUGCGUUUAUGGGUUACGAUCUAAUUGAAUGGCUCAUGGAUCGAGUACAGAUUGAGGAGUCUGAGGCAUUAAACAUUGCCAAUCAAUUAUGCCUGCAUGGCUAUUUUUUUCCCGUCAACGACUCCAAGACGUUGACAGUUAAGGACGACUCUUCGCUCUACCGUUUCCAAACACCCUAUUAUUGGCCCUGGCAACACAAAGCUCCAGAUAAUGUGGAGUAUGCCAUAUACUUAGCAAAAAGGUCACUUCGCAAUAAACAGCGACACGCACUGGAAGAUUAUGAGGCCGAGGCUUUAACAUCACUGCACAAGAACCUUAAGGCAAAAUGGGACUUUAUUUCAAUGCAGGCUGAGGAGCAGGUGCGUCUGGCUAAGGACCGCAAAAAGGGUGACAAAAUCGUUGGUGACUCACAGGAACGUGCUUACUGGCGCGUCCACCGUCCACCACCGGGUCAAUUUACGCCGCUUGAGCCAUGUCCGAUUCCAUCGCGGGAUCGACAGGGUCUAAAGCCUAAUAAAAAGAAGACUGUUGAUGAUAUACAACGUGAAGUUAAUUAUUUUGAAAAAUCCUUAAACCGCACACGCAUGAAGAUGUCUCAAGCUUGUGAAUCUCUUGUCUGCUACUCGGAGACGUUCAGCGAGUAUGAUUUCUUUCUGCAGCCAGCUCUGCCCUCAAAUCCUUGGGUAACCGACGAUAUUGCUUUUUGGCAGUUGAACAGCACCUUUGUAGAUAUACCUACAGAAAAACGAGUAAAACGAUGGGCCAUUUCUAUAGAGGAGCUCGUAUCCGAUCCAACAGGCUUGCAAGAGUUUACAAUUUUUUUGGAGAAAGAGUACUCUCAUGAAAACAUACGUUUCUGGAUUGCCGUAAAUUGUCUCCGUCGUUCUGCACACUCCCAAGUGGCUCAGAAGGUUAACGAAAUAUUCGAAGAGUUUCUGAAGCCUGGAGCGCCAUGUGAGAUAAACAUCGAUGGAAAGACCAUGGAAAGUGUUCUGCGCGGUCUAAAACACCCCUCACGUUUUACUUUCGAUUCUGCUUCUGAACACAUAUAUAUGCUGCUGUUAAAAAAAGAUUGUUAUCCACGCUUUGUACGCUCGGAGCACUACAAACGGCUUGUAGACAGUGGUAUACAACCCUCGCACAAAAAGCGUUUCUUUAAUUUCGGAGGAGUUGGUGGAGCCAAGAAGAAGAUGACAGCUGCCCUUUCUAGUCAACUACACUUGAGCGAUGUUGCAAAAGGCUCUAGCAGUGCUGUUGGCCCAGGCUCAAUUAUUCCAACACCGCAUGCUGGCAGCCUAAUACGACGUCGCGGUAGUGAUCGCAGUCUCACGGGAUCGGCACACGAGCUCGCUGGGAUUGGAUUCGACAAGGAACGGUGUUCCAAAGUCCCGCACUCUCACUCUCAAAAUAAUCUUUGUGAAAUUCCAUACAGAGUAACACCUAACACAAAGUUCGGUCAGCUAGAGUCUACCUUGGAGAACUUAUUAGCUCCAGACAGUGGUGUCUGCCCUUGGGAUGAGUUGUCGACAAUUGAUCCAACAGCUGUAGAAAAUGUUAAACUGACCACGUCUACAAUUGAUUCUGAUUCUACUACAAGUUGGCUUGCAACUCCAAAGCCGGAUAAAGCCAACGCCAGUGAUGGUCUGAAGCCUUUGAUUAGCACUUGUCCGGAAAGCUGUGAGGUAGCCCAUCGCAUGCAACGUAAUCUGGGCAUCCGACAUCAGAAAACCGUAGAUAGUGGAGAGGCGGGUGUUAAGCAUUUAGUACCCAAUUUAACCGAACAACGUCGUGCAUCCGUUUCCUAUACACCCAGCAGCGCCUGGAAGCAUGAGCUCAAAUGCGACAGUUGCGUAACGACUACAAUCUCACCCCUCGCUAGUGACAGCUUUCCACUAUUAGAAAUUCGCUCUGCCUGCCUUUCAAGUAUUACAACCAAAGAUUUGCAAUCUAGCAAUGAUGAUAGUGUGGAUCAUAUGGACAAUAUCAACAAGUUGUCGAUAUCAGAACGAAGAAUUGACUUGUCUGUCUCUGAAUUGCCAGUUGUAACUACACCAGUGUCAGUACCAACGCAGCCGCCAAUUAACAAGAACACUUCAUCACCAAUGUGCUCACCUAAUUCAGUGAAUUCACAGGGUCAGCCCUCAUCAAAAUAUGCACCUUUAGUACAAUUAUGCGAUAAGAGUCCAACCUUAAACCUCCGAGUUAACACAAAUGCGGGAACAGCCACAAAAGACCGGCGUUCAGACGUCGACUCCCAGGCUGUGGUAAAAGAAGUGCAAAUCGAGCUGAUUAAGCCGUUUAUUAACAACAGUAAUGAAAUGCAAGUUAACCUUGCAUAUAAAGUACUGGAGCAAGAUGUACAUAAUAAAAAUAAUGAUUAUCCGGGCCGCAUCAAGGAAUCUAGAAACGAUAAAAAUCCUGAAAAUCUGGUCAAAGUCGAUGAUACAUUGGAUCUGGAGGUGGAAUGUGCUGAGGCUGAGUUGUCGCCCACCACCGAUGAAUACCAGGAAGGAAUAAACUUUGGAGAUGACAGAACAGAUGCUGUUUACGAUUAUGAGAUCGGAAACACAGCCCAACUAAGGGGCAAUAUACCGCCUAUAUCGAUACCAGCGCCUUCAAUGGCACCGCUUGCUGUACUAGAUAUCGACACAGUUGAUGAUGACCAUGAUGAGCUGACGAUUGUCAAAAUGCCAAUGCCAGCCUUAAGCAGCGAUGAUAUACGUCGUCGGCGCAAAAAGCGUAAUUUGGAAGCCAGGAAGUUCACCUCCCUGGAAGAAAAGGAUAAGGGUAAUGAGAAGGCCAGCACAUCAGUUGAAACGGCAACGGAUGACGACAAACACAACGCUGUAUGCCCUUGGGAAGAUGAGAACGUAAGCACUAGUGAUGGAACUUUUGUAAAGACAUACUCUACUCUAGGUUACUUAUGAAGAAACCCACAAAUUUUUGAAUUGGUGGUCAGAAAGCUGCUUAAGAAAAAAUAGAACAGAAAUAAUAACACUUAUUUAUACAAAAGCAACUUACUUAUUGUACUCUGUAUUAAAAACCAUUUUGCAUGUAAUUAACAAAUAUUAUACUGUACAUACAUAAUAAAAAUAACAUAUGUGUGUUUAA